AUGAAAUGGAUAAUUUGAGUAAAUGAUUUCUUUCUAUAAAAGCAAAUAACAAAUAUAACAAAAUAUAACAAUAUUGGUACUUGAAGUAUUUGAGUAACCAUUUUUGUUAUGUUUUGAUUAUAUUUCGUCACACAGCUGUUUCUGUGUUUGUAUUGUCAUUAAGAAAAGUGAACAAUUGAAUUGGGGGCAAUCAAAUUCGAAGAAAAAUUAUGAACGAAGGAGUUAUCUCCAGUUACGAGCAAUUAUUUGGUGGUUCUGGUUUGCCGUCUGACCUCGGUAUAGAAAUGGCGGCCACUUCGAUUCACGUUGCCCUCGGAACAGACUACCAUAAAGAAAUAGCUCCACAGCAGCCACAGAAUCAACAAUCACGGUCUUUUCACCAUCCGCCGACGUACAACAAUUUUAUUGGUACUACAGGUGACGGCACGACUCAAAAUAUCGGCUCCAAACAGAUGGGGUUUGCUUGUAAUAACAGUAGUGCAUCCUUUAUUGGUAACGGUGGGAGUAAUACAGUGUUUACACAAAUUCCAUUUGUUCAAAUUCACACGACGAAUGUGCAGCCACAAAGUGCAUUUAAUAGUACACGAUUCAGAAGAAAUGUCACCAACAAUCAAGAAGAAAUUAAAGCUGAACCAAUAAAGUCAGAAAAUUCUGAAGGUGCCAAAGAGCGUACAAAUGGAACACCCACACCACCAGUACCUGUGCAACAGCGUAGUGAUAACCAAACUUCUAAAAAUUUUACUCAAAAUGAGAAGGAAGUUUUUACUGAUUUAGAAACUAUUCGCGGAAUUGCGGAUGAGGUAAUUGAACAAAACACCAAAACAUGUACAAAAGAGGGAGCAGGAUUUACAUCUCCAGAUAUCUAUAAAUGUCAACAUUGUGCUUUUAUAAGUUUGACCGAAAGGGGUUUGCAACUCCAUCUCGAUUCCAGAUUUCAAGAAAAUUCUGUAGUAUGUAAAGAUGCCCAUAGUCGAAGAAAACUACUUUGUCCAGGUUGUGAAAAUGUUUUCUACGCUUACUCGGUUGUAGAAAUUCAUUUACGGGAAGACCAUUUAAUGUCCGAACAGGAUGUAAUAGUAUUUAUGCAAACUAUUAAGAAAAAUAGUCAACCCUCUGAACAUUCCGAAUCAACUAACAACGAAAAAGGUUCUGAUAUAGAAGUUUCGAACGACACUCCAAUUAAGAGCACGCAACCACGAAGUCGUAUAUAUUUGAAGAAUGUCGAAUGCUUGCGGGAACCGAAUAGAGAUCCGAUUGAACAGCAAGAUAAUAUAAUUAAUGAUAGUAUUUUUCAUUUUGAAAAUGAUGAGUGUAAUACACUUGAAAACAUUGGUAGCAUUAGCAUGGAGGAGCAGGACCUUAUAGGUAUGCUCACCAGCGGUGAAGGAACAUUUCAUAAUAAAGGUGACAAUAAUGUUGACUCUAUUCUUAAUGAUACUUUUACGCCAGCUGUGGAAUCAAAUAAGUCAGUAAAUCCACCUAAACAAAAAAUUUCGAUUAAGAGUGUUGAUGUGCUACGAGAACCAGCGCUGUUGCGACGUGAUUAUGAGAUGCAAUCAUUUGGAGAUUUCAUUAACGUCUGUAAUGAUUUAAAUUUGCAUACGCCUAACACCAACAACAACGAAAUAAGUAACUGUGAUGACAACCACAAUAGAAUAAAUGACACGGAUGGCCAAUAUAGUUACACCGUAACUCCGAUUAGAGAACCGCUCGUGGGUAACAAUGACGAUGCCGCCAUCGUUGAUUUCACGAAUGAUUUCGAGAAACCAAGAAGACCUAAAAUUUACAUAAAAAACGUUGAUAUACUGAAAGAACCAAUGACAUUUUCGAGCAAUAUCAAUGCGCCGGCUAUAACGGAGUCUACAAAUAACGUAAUGAAUUUUAAUUUUAUGCAACCGACAAUACCGCAAACUGUGAACUCUUACCUAGAUUCCGUUGAUAGCCUGAACGCCACAGUACCGCCUUUUAAUAGUGGCAUGUCACAGCUACCGCUUGGUACCAUAUCGGAUCAAUAUCUCUUCGAAAGCGGAGGUGGGAACUUUCUAGUAAACAGUUCCACCACUGUCUCAGACAAUUACACUUAUGGCAAUGAGCAAACUUCAGAACACUUCUUAAUGGAUUCUAAUCGGUUUACAGAUGCGAUAACACCAAUGACAACUGAACCUACACCGCCACCUCCUACGAUGAGUACAGUAGUAAGUAACACUAACAGUUGUACCAUUGAUGCGCAGCCUACACAAAACGCCUCUGCCAUUCCAAAUGAGCCAAAGCAGAAAAUUUUUAUAAAAAAUGUGGAUAUUCUGAAAGAACCGCAGUUCCAAGAGCCUCGCGGCUUACUGCAUUUGCGCACUGUCGACGAAUUAAAUUUAAUGAACAGAAAAGAUGUUGAAAAUCUGAUAGCACCUAAUUUGGAGGGCAACCAAACCAAUCUAACUGAAGAGGAACUGGGUGAUAACUUUACGCGAUUGAACAAUGCGAAUAGAGAGACAUUGUCGUCUGUUGAAAACUGCAAUGCCAGCAAUCUAAUUGAGGCGAUAUCUUACGGAUGUGAAGGAUUUAAAUUGAAUGAGUUUUCAACACAAAACGGUUGGCAUGAUGACUAUGAUUUGGGAGACGAUAUUAGGGAGAUCAUAACCAGUACUAUUGCGCCAACUUUACCAACAGCACAGAAGACAAUACAUGAGUUGGAUACACCACAAAUAUCACUGAUCUCCAUACCAGAUAUGGAAGAGCUCACCGGUACAAAUGCUGCAGUUAAUGCCAAUGCAGAGUCAGUAGCAAGCGGGAACACUACAGUAACCUCGGAUGUAGCACAACAACAACAAUCAAGUGCAAAUUUCACUUUUGAAUGUGAAAUACCCACUGCUGAUAUAAAUGGCGCCGAAGAACCUGUUUGUAGUUCUGAAAAUUUGAUCAAUUCCACUGCAAUCUGUAAUGAGGUUAUGUCGGAUCCUCAAACAGAACCUGAGUCGAUAGAUACAGUUCUAUUAGAAAACGAAGAAUUACUGAAACAAGAGCGCUUGAAUCAAACCACACCUGUAGAACAUACCGAAUCCACGUCUUCACAAAAAACAAAUAAGGCAAGCGACUUUAAUGACAUUCCACCGCUCACACCAAUGACUUCAACUACAUAUUCGAUAUGUACUAACUUAAUUACCUCAACAUCAAUGGCUGCACCCACUGGUUUGCCGGUGCCGCCACUUGUACCUAUGCUACCACCGAAAGCUAUCAGUUUAUCUAAUGUUAGCACCCCUGCGAAUUCAACGGAACGUGGACGUAUUUAUGUGGCUAAUAACCUAAUGCAAGCGCCUAACGCUUCGCCAAUUUCGCAAACACCAACGUCUAAAACUAAUAAUACGAAGAGCUUAGGCAAACAGCAUCCCAAAACUCCGAUUGCCGUUUCGGUAAUGGGUGGAACUUCGGUACGUGGGCGACCGUUUGGUUCGAAUCGUACUGGCAUAACCAAGCUUCGCAAGCAACCGCUUAACGAAAACGGCGCAGGUGUUUACCUGAAGUGCACAGUCGCGGGUUGCGCCUUCCGAUUUAAAAAGUCUAACACACUUGAUUACCACAUAAAAUGUCAUAUCAACGAGUCUCAACCUCAAUCAAUGGCAUGCCCUGAGUGUAGAGCGCCGUUCACGAACUGGAAUUCGCUGCAUACACACCUCUGGCGUACGCAUAAAAUCGACAUGGAGCUGUACAGCUGUGAAUUGUGUAGCUUCAAAACACCCAUAUAUUCACGCUUAUUAAACACGCAUUCCAAAAUUCAUUAUGACGAACGAAACUACAAGUGUGAUCAGUGCGAGAAGGCUUUCAAGAAUACAAAGCAGUUGAAAAAUCAUCGUCGUUGGCACCGCAACCAUAAUAAAUCCACAACAUCUCCAUCAACGAAGCCAGAGAUCUCAAUGAAGGCAGAUUUGCCACCUUCUGAAAGCAGCGCUGCUGUGCAGCAUUCGCUUUCAGCAACUACCACAUCCGAUGCGACACAAGUACCUGUAACCGUGCGUAAUUUUUAUCGCUGCAAGGACUGCGAAGCUGUUUUUUCACAUCAGAAAACAUUACGAGAGCAUCUGUGCAAGAACGCUGCUGCAGCAGUACAGUGCGAGCUGUGCGAUCGCGUGCUGACUUCUCGCUCCUCCAUCAAGUUGCACAUGCAAUUACACGAGCCAUCGCGUCGCUUCAAAUGCAACAUCUGCGAUUAUUCCGCCAGUGAUCAUAACGCUUUUCGGCGGCACAAAAUGACACACGACAAUAAUGCGAAAAUGUAUGCUUGCGUUCACUGUGAUUACAAGUCCAUACAAAGUGUGGCCUAUCAGAAACAUGUUCAACAAAAACACCCACAAUUGGCCGAUUCCAUCGUCUAUAAGUGUAAGAUCUGCCCAUUUGCCACCAUAAACAAGAGCUUAUUCGAUAUACACCAAGUUAAGCAUGAAAAUAAGAAUGACAACACUGAAGGCGCUGAUGUGGCGGAAAAUGUAGAUGCACAAAAAACAACAACGGCAAAAACAAAGAUUAAAGUCAAGAGUCACUUAUUAUUGACCACUACGGCCGAUUCAACAACGGAAUUAAACGAGUUAUGCGUUGAUGCAGUAGCCAAUAUGGUAUCUUAGCA